AUGGACCUGACUCCUGCUGAUAACACUUUUCAGAAGUUGCUACAGCAGCUACAACAGUCGAAUGUCGACUUGGACAAUCUAGCACGUUCGGACCUCUUCAAACCAGCCCCAAGGUCUUUCAGUCUCGAAAGAUCUACAAGGCUGAUAAAUAUUACAAUCUCCCUCCGCAACUAUAUCUGGGUACUGAACUUAACAGGCUUGACCCUCAAGGAUAUUCUUUACCUCACACCCAAAUUCUGGAAGUUGCACAGAGAGCCCAUAGUGGCGCUUGAUGGCGCUGCCUUCACUCUUCUCAGCAUUCAGACCAAUCUUUUCGUCGGAACGCUGGGCUCUUUUGCUUUGAAGCGCCCAGAGCUCCAAUCAAUCAUUCAAUCUGCUUUGGAUUUCGAUAUAUCUGCACAGUUUAUGUUAACUGAAGUUGGUCAUGGAUUGGAUGCACGAAAUUUACAGACAACUGCAACAAUUUUGCCCAAUGGUGACAUCGACCUUCAUACCCCUUCCCCGAAUGAUGCAAAAGUGAUGCCACCAACAACCCCGAGGUGUAGCCUUCCAGUCGUUGCUAUUGUGAUGGCUCGUCUCGUCAGCGAAGGCCAGGACUUUGGCAUCAGACCAAUUCUAGUCCAACUCGGAAAUGGCAAAGAGAUGUGCAAGGGCGUUGUAUCCAAGGCCGGUGCUCACCCCGUGGACCAUGCCGUGACACACUUUUCUCACGUUCAUCUCCCCAGAUCUGCCCUGCUUGGUAGCAUGGAGAAGCAGGACAAGCGUGAUCAUUUCUUGUCUUUGAUUCAUCGUGUUGCAGUGGGAACUUUGUUCCUCUCAGCCUGCGUCAUCCCAUCACUGAAACUUGUUACCUUCAACGCUGCGGCUUUUAGUCAAAACAGAGUUGUCAGCAAUGCCGAUGGUAGCCCGGUGGCAGUAAUUGAGUUCAGGACUCAGCAUCUACCCAUUCUUCAUUCUGUCGCUCAAUACAGUGUGCUAGAUGCAUUUCUGGUAUCUGCGGCCAUAAUUUUCCGAGAUCAUACUCUAGAUCCCAGAGUGCGCCACGGUAUAGCCACCGCCUUCAAAGCGGCAGCACUUGGCCAUUUCAGUAAAAGUGUUCUGGCUAUGAACGAGCGUUGUGGGUGGCAGGGACAAUUUGAGCAUAAUCAAGUGCUUCAGCUAGAGGCAAGAUCUCAGCUGGAAAUGCGCGGCGUCUCAACGGCCGAAGGCGAUAUCAGGGUUCUUGCCAUCCAUCAAAACAUUGACAAGAAAUUCUUAGGACUCGUAUCUGAGCUGCUGAUUGAUCGGUAUCAAAUGCCGCCGCCAAAAUACCCCAACAGUCCUAUCGCACGUCACGAGGCCUCCGUGUUCGCUGAAGCGCGAAGAACUCUUCAACUGCAAGCCAAGGGGGCUCACCGAAGUCAACAGUUCAAUCGCAAUAUCCUACCACUUGCUCUUCCGCUGGUUGAAGCUGUCGGUCACAGAAUGGCCUACGAGGCUGCUAUGGAUGCCAAUAUCGACCCGAGGUUGCUGGCCCUUUACGAGAGUGGAGUUUUCAAGGAAGACUCGGCGUGGUAUGUCGAAAUAGGUGGACUCAGUAGAGAAAUUCAACGCGAAAUGGAAGCUCAAGCAGCGGAUGACUUGCUUCCCGACCUGAAAGAUCUCUUGUUGGCUUCUGGUGUCGAGCCAUACAGCAAUGCCCCAAUGGCUUCGAAGGCUGCAUGGGAUACUUUCAUUUCAAGGUUGGAAAUGUUCUCGGGGGAUGCACCUUCUGACCUUCUGUCUAAGCUAUGA